AUGAGGAGGUCUGUCUUGCGCGGGUCCUGCGCGCUCACGGCUCUCACCAGCCUGGCCGCCGCGUCUACGCCAUCAAGCCCGAGAAGAACACAGGUCGGCGCGCCAAUUCUGCGAUCUCAAGUGACGACGCAUCAUGAUGGAGUCACAGGCUGGGGCAGGUUCCGACGGGCCAGUUCUAAGAGGCAAGAUGCGACGCCUCUAGAGAACCAGCAGAGUGGCACGUCCUAUACUAUCGACAUCGAGAUCGGCACGCCGCCCCAGUCGGUCACCCUCAUCAUCGACACUGGGUCCUCGGAGCUCUGGGUGAACCCAACCUGUGAGACAUCCGGGCAGCCGAACUACUGCGAGUCGUUCUCGCAGUUCGACUACACCGCGAGCUCGACUAUCAAUGACACCGGCUAUUCGAACAUGUUGGCGUAUGGCAAGGGCAAUGUCACGAUUGAAUACGUGACGGAUGCCGUCAGUAUCGGAUACUCAGACCCACUCUACACUUAUGUCCUGGACAACAUGGUCGAGCAAGGCCUGAUCGACAGCCGGGCCUUCAGCCUCGACCUUCGAGACGUCGACAGCCCGGACGGAUCGGUCGUCUUUGGCGGCGUUGACACAGGCAAGUUCAUCGGUGAGCUGCAGAAGUGCCCCAUCAUCGACCCCCUGGACACUCCCAGUGGCGCGGACCGCUACUGGAUCUACCUCACUGGCCUCGGAAUGACGCUCCCGAGUGGCGAGUCCGGGCUCGUCGGCGACGGUGAACUUGAACUGCCCGUGUUCCUGGACAGCGGUGGCACAAUGACUCGGCUGCCCACCGAGGUGUUCGCGGCCGUUGGGUCUGUGUUCCCCGGCGCGCAGUAUGACUCUGAGUCUGGCUACUUCCUUGUUGAUUGUGAUGUUGGCGAUAGCUCGGGAAGCGUGGACUUUGUCUUUGGUGAGAAGAUCAUCAGCGUCGCUUUUGACGACUUUAUCUGGCGUGUGCCGAGCAUGGAGGAUACCUGUGUCCUAGGCGUCCUGGCCGACGACGACGAGCCCGUCCUCGGAGACACGUUCCUGCGCGCAGCAUACGUGGUAUACGACCAGGACAACCGCAACCUCCACCUCGCGCAGGCCGCCAACUGCGGGACAAGCCUCGUCACCAUCUCUACAGGCCUGGACGCCGUGCCAUCCGUCACCGGCGACUGCACGGCCACGGCCUCCGAGGCUGUUCUUACCGGAUCGCUGACUGCGACAGAGGCCCCGUCAACCAUCACCAACGGUCCUGGUGGACUCACCUCAGCUAUCGCGCCGGGUCCUGGCGGCACCCAGACUGGGGAGAGGGUGGCGAGCAGUCUGUGCCUGACAUGCAAGAACGCAGCCACGGGGACAGCAAACCCUUCUAGAACAACAAGGGCUGCGAACGCUGGUGCGAUGGAGACGGGUAGUCCAUUGGCCGCCGUCGGUGCGAUGGCCAUGGCUGCUUUGCUGAUCUGA